CGAUAUAACUUCCGGUAUCGAAAAUCGAAGACUUCUGAGAUUUUAGUGUAUGCAGGAACUAGACGUCUACAGUAUUUUCCAUGCUUAGAUUGUAUUUAAUGUAGAAUCCAACAUAUAAUGUCUUAAACACCAUGAGAUGUGCAUAAAACAAAAGAAACAGUAAAGAUAAAAUACAAUAAUAAAGAAAUGGCCAAUUCUGGUGAUGAUGGGACAGAUAAAAGUUUCCCUGUGAAUUUUGUUCCAUGUAUGUCUCCAAGAGCAUGUGCUAGUGCUGUGAGCACCGAUUCUGUUGCUAGUGUUCCAGACUCAAUACAACCGGAGGAAGAACAUCGCUAUGUUGAACUUUCCCAUCCUGCUCAGCUUUUGUCUGGGUUAAGAGACCUCCAAAACCGAACACAGUUUUGUGACGUUAUAAUUUCAGUGGACGGGCAGGAAUUUCCAUGCCAUAAAGUUGUUUUAUCUGCAUUUAGUCAGUAUUUUAGGGCAAUGUUUGGUGGAGGUUUAGCUGAAAGCCAACAAAGAAAAGUUUCACUAAAUGGUGUUGAACCCGCUAUGGUACAAACAUUAAUAGAUUACGGUUAUACGUCAGAGGUGGUAAUUACGAGACAAAACGUCCAAUCGCUUUUAUCUGCUGCUAAUUUGUUAGAAAUUAUUCCAGUGAAAGAAGCUUGUUGUUUGUACCUUGAAAAAAACAUGGAUGAAUUAAAUUGUGUUGGUAUACACUGCUUUGCUGAACUACAUUCAUGCUCGGAAUUACAACAAAAAUCAAAAGUUUACAUUUUACACCAUUUUCAGUCAGUAUGGCAACAUGAAGAAUUUCUUGAAUUAACCAAAGUAAAAUUAGUGGAAAUUUUAUCUGAUGAUGAUCUCAACAUUGACAAUGAAGAAAUAGUUUAUCAUGCAGCCAUACAAUGGCUUGACCAUGAUGUAGGAAAUCGUAGGAAUGGAUUUGAAAGUGUUUUAGAAUGUGUUCGUCUUCCACUAGUCAGUUGUUAUUUUAUCCAUGAUCAUGUUGAAAGCCAUGAAGUUAUAAAAUGUUCACAAGCAUGUCAAAAGCUUGUUAAAGAGGCCAAAGAUUUUCAUCUCUUGCAGGAUAGGAGAGCUGAAUUCUCUAGUCCACGUACAAAAGUUCGGAAAUCUUCAGAUAAAACAGAAGUCAUUGUAGCUGUAGGAGGGGAAGAUGAUAAAGUUGUACUUAGAAGUGUGGAGACCUAUGACCCUAACACAUUGUCAUGGAAACCAUUAGCCUGUCUGCCAUUUGCAAUAAGUAAACAUGGAAUUGUAUCAGCAGGUGAUAGUUAUCUUUUCCUGGCUGGUGGUGAAUACCCUGAUGGGUCAGCCAACAAAAGUGUAAUGCGAUAUGAUCCCUGCCUGGAUGUUUGGACAGAAGUGGCACCAAUGAAUAUAGCUAGAUCUGAACUAGGUUUGGUGAUGUUAGAUGGAUUUAUGUAUGCUAUAGGGGGCUGGGAUGGUAACGUUAGAUUGGACAGUGUAGAGUAUUACAAUAUAGAAACCAAUGUUUGGGCCAUGAUACCACCUAUGAAGAUAGCACUGACCAGUCCUGCAUGUGUAUCUCUCAAUGGCAUGUUAUAUGUGACAGGUGGCGCUGUGUUAGAAGAUGGAGAUGGAAUUGACAUUGUACAGUUAUUUAAUCCACGUACCCAGACGUGGAGUGAAAUGAGGUCAAUGAAGAUUCCACGGUCUGGUUCAGGUGCCUGUGUACUGGAUGGAAAAAUCUAUGUCAUAGGAGGGUGGCAUGCUUCCACAGAGAACACAAAGAGAGUAGAAUGUUAUGACCCAAAGACGAACACAUGGAUAGAAAGAUGUCCUCUACAUGAGAGAAGAUAUAGGCCAGGUGUAGCGGUGGUCGGUGGUAAAAUAUAUGCCUGUGGGGGAGAAGAAGGGUGGGACAGAUAUCAUGAUACAAUUGAAUGCUAUGAUCCUAUAAGUGACAGCUGGGAAAUUAUCGGUGAAAUGCAAACAAGUCGUAGUUGGUUAAGCUGUGUUUCCAUGGUGAUAAGAAAAGAUCUGAUUGGCAAGGACAGAAAUACGACACACCAGUGCACUGUCUAAUGUAAUGGCAGCCACUUAAAAUAAAAUAAGCAUAAUGUGAUUAUAGAUUAAUGAAACCAUGUGACUUCAUUGAGAAAUACCAUUGGAGGUUUAUCAUGUGAUUAUAAAUUAAUGAAACCAUGUGAUUACAUUGAGAAAUACCAUUGGAAUUUCAAUAGUUGAUUGUAAAUAAAUGAAACCAUGUGAUUACAUUGAAAAAUACCAUUGGAGGUUUACUAAUUGAUUGUGAAUCAAUAUGUGUUCUUGUACUUUUGACCUCUGUUUCCAACCAUAGGCUUAAGGACGAAUGCCGAACUGUUUCAAAAUACCAAGCUUUUUAAAAGACUGUUAUUAAUUGAUAAUAUACUGUGGAU